CUCCCUUCUUGCUGUCUUCAUUACUGUUGCCAUCAGAGAGGGGACGAUGGCUCUUCCUUCAAUGAAAAACAGCAAAUCAUUUAUCUGCUGGACCUCCUCUUUGCUGGAACAGACACCACUGCCAACACACUCCGCACAGCCUUUCUGUACCUCAUGACUCACCCAGAUGUUCAGGAGAGGUGUCAGAAGGAGAUCGAUGAGGUGCUUGGGGAGAAGGAGCAGGCCUCUUAUGAGGACAGACACAAGAUGCCCUACACACAGGCCAUGAUCCACGAGGCUCAGCGAGUCGCAGACACGGUGCCGCUCAGCGUCUUCCACACCACCACCAAAGACACACGACUGAUGGGCUACCAUAUACCCAAGGGAACCGUCAUCAUUCCCAACCUGUCCUCUGUACUGAGUGAGGAAAGCCAGUGGAAGUUUCCAAAGGAAUUCAACCCCUCCAACUUCCUAAACGAUCAAGGAGAGUUUGUGAAGCCAGAAGCCUUCAUGCCCUUCUCGACAGGGUCUCGGGUGUGUCUGGGAGAGGGUCUCGCUCGUAUGGAGCUCUUCCUGAUUCUUGUGACACUCCUACGCCGCUUCAAGUUUGUCUGGCCUGAAGACGGGGGGGUGCCUGACUACACCCUCAUUUAUGGUCUCACUCAAACACCCAAACCCUACAGACUGGGUGUCAGACUAAGAGACAGUUAAGAUUUUACAUUAGGCACCGGUGGGGUUGGGCCUCACCAGCAGAUGACGCUGUAGUGCACAAUGCAUGGAAAUGCAUAUCUAAUAAAUCAAAUAGCGAAAUAGUACAAAAACUUGUUCAAUGAAGUAAACUCAUAAAAAAGUCACAAUUAUAAGGGUGCUGCUUGGAACCAUUUCCCUUGGAAAACACAGCUUAGUGUGUGUGUGUACAUCCAGAGCUGCAUUGACAGCAGGCUAUCUUUUGUUGCGUGUGAUGGGGCCAGUAGCUUUUCAGCCACAUAGAGCUGUUGUGUGAACUGUGUAAGCACAAGAAAAUUAACUCCUUGCAUAAAUACCCAGUUCGAAAAUUCAUGUUUAGCUUGGCGGGCAAGCCAUUGUAAAUGAAAGGACUGCUGAAGUGAGGGAGAUUUUGCCUGGCAACUUGUGGUUAAACACGUAAUUUAAAAAAUGUAAUGCCAGCAUUUUGCCUUGAAAUUAAAUGUCUGGGUCCA